AUGCCGACCGCCGGCCUCAAGACCAUCAUCGCCCUCUCGUUCGUCCUCGCCGUCGGCUUCCUGCUCGUCAUCCUGUCGUGCGCCCUCUACAACGUCUACUACCCGCUGCUCGUCGUCGCCACCUACGUCCUGGCCCCCGUGCCCAACUGGAUCUGCUCGCGCUGCGCCAACCCCGACGACUUUGUCGAGAGCUCGGGCGGCGCCAUCCUCGACCUCGGCCGCUUCUGCACCGCCUUUCUCGUCGUCAUGGGCAUUGCGCUGCCCUUUGUGCUCGCCCACGCCGCCCUCAUCCAGACGGGCGCCCUCGUCAUGUCCGUUGUCGGCGGUCUGCUGAUCUACGGCACCAUCAUCAGCUUUGGCAUGUUCUUCCAGGAGGAGCAGGAGUUUUAG